AUGAACAACAACAACAAGAAGAACUACCAAGAGAACACCAAAGACGACAAGGCGAAGACACCACCACCACCACCAGGAGAACCACAACUAAGAAACCAACCAGAAGAACAACAACAACCAGAAGAACAACAACAACAAGAAGAACUACCAAGAGAACACCAAAGACGACAAGGCGAACUACCACCACCACCACCAGGAGAACCACAACUAAGAAACCAACCAGAAGAACAACAACAACCAGAAGAACAACAACAACAAGAAGAACUACCAAGAGAACACCAAAGACGACAAGGCGAACGAGAACCACAACUAAGAAACCAACCAGAAGAACAACAACAACCAGAAGAACAACAACAACAAGAAGAACUACCAAGAGAACACCAAAGACGACAAGGCGAACCACCACCACCACCACCAGGAGAACCACAACUAAGAAACCAACCAGAAGAACAACAACAACCAGAAGAACAACAACAACAAGAAGAACUACCAAGAGAACACCAAAGACGACAAGGCGAACCACCACCACCACCACCAGGAGAACCACAACUAAGAAACCAACCAGAAGAACAACAACAACCAGAAGAACAACAACAACAAGAAGAACUACCAAGAGAACACCAAAGACGACAAGGCGAACCACCACCACCACCACCAGGAGAACCACAACUAAGAAACCAACCAGAAGAACAACAACAACCAGAAGAACAACAACAACAAGAAGAACUACCAAGAGAACACCAAAGACGACAAGGCGAACCACCACCACCACCACCAGGAGAACCACAACUAAGAAACCAACCAGAAGAACAACAACAACCAGAAGAACAACAACAACAAGAAGAACUACCAAGAGAACACCAAAGACGACAAGGCGAACCACCACCACCACCACCAGGAGAACCACAACUAAGAAACCAACCAGAAGAACAACAACAACCAGAAGAACAACAACAACAAGAAGAACUACCAAGAGAACACCAAAGACGACAAGGCGAACCACCACCACCACCACCAGGAGAACCACAACUAAGAAACCAACCAGAAGAACAACAACAACCAGAAGAACAACAACAACAAGAAGAACUACCAAGAGAACACCAAAGACGACAAGGCGAACCACCACCACCACCACCAGGAGAACCACAACUAAGAAACCAACCAGAAGAACAACAACAACCAGAAGAACAACAACAACAAGAAGAACUACCAAGAGAACACCAAAGACGACAAGGCGAACCACCACCACCACCACCAGGAGAACCACAACUAAGAAACCAACCAGAAGAACAACAACAACCAGAAGAACAACAACAACAAGAAGAACUACCAAGAGAACACCAAAGACGACAAGGCGAACCACCACCACCACCACCAGGAGAACCACAACUAAGAAACCAACCAGAAGAACAACAACAACCAGAAGAACAACAACAACAAGAAGAACUACCAAGAGAACACCAAAGACGACAAGGCGAACCACCACCACCACCACCAGGAGAACCACAACUAAGAAACCAACCAGAAGAACAACAACAACCAGAAGAACAACAACAACAAGAAGAACUACCAAGAGAACACCAAAGACGACAAGGCGAACCACCACCACCACCACCAGGAGAACCACAACUAAGAAACCAACCAGAAGAACAACAACAACCAGAAGAACAACAACAACAAGAAGAACUACCAAGAGAACACCAAAGACGACAAGGCGAACCACCACCACCACCACCAGGAGAACCACAACUAAGAAACCAACCAGAAGAACAACAACAACCAGAAGAACAACAACAACAAGAAGAACUACCAAGAGAACACCAAAGACGACAAGGCGAACCACCACCACCACCACCAGGAGAACCACAACUAAGAAACCAACCAGAAGAACAACAACAACCAGAAGAACAACAACAACAAGAAGAACUACCAAGAGAACACCAAAGACGACAAGGCGAACCACCACCACCACCACCAGGAGAACCACAACUAAGAAACCAACCAGAAGAACAACAACAACCAGAAGAACAACAACAACAAGAAGAACUACCAAGAGAACACCAAAGACGACAAGGCGAACCACCACCACCACCACCAGGAGAACCACAACUAAGAAACCAACCAGAAGAACAACAACAACCAGAAGAACAACAACAACAAGAAGAACUACCAAGAGAACACCAAAGACGACAAGGCGAACCACCACCACCACCACCACCAGGAGAACCACAACUAAGAAACCAACCAGAAGAACAACAACAACCAGAAGAACAACAACAACAAGAAGAACUACCAAGAGAACACCAAAGACGACAAGGCGAACCACCACCACCACCACCACCAGGAGAACCACAACUAAGAAACCAACCAGAAGAACAACAACAACCAGAAGAACAACAACAACAAGAAGAACUACCAAGAGAACACCAAAGACGACAAGGCGAACCACCACCACCACCACCACCAGGAGAACCACAACUAAGAAACCAACCAGAAGAACAACAACAACCAGAAGAACAACAACAACAAGAAGAACUACCAAGAGAACACCAAGGAGAACCACAACUAAGAAACCAACCAGAAGAACAACAACAACCAGAAGAACAACAACAACAAGAAGAACUACCAAGAGAACACCAAAGACGACAAGGCGAACCACCACCACCACCACCAGGAGAACCACAACUAAGAAACCAACCAGAAGAACAACAACAACCAGAAGAACAACAACAACAAGAAGAACUACCAAGAGAACACCAAAGACGACAAGGCGAACCACCACCACCACCACCAGGAGAACCACAACUAAGAAACCAACCAGAAGAACAACAACAACCAGAAGAACAACAACAACAAGAAGAACUACCAAGAGAACACCAAAGACGACAAGGCGAACCACCACCACCACCACCAGGAGAACCACAACUAAGAAACCAACCAGAAGAACAACAACAACCAGAAGAACAACAACAACAAGAAGAACUACCAAGAGAACACCAAAGACGACAAGGCGAACCACCACCACCACCACCACCAGUAGAUUUAGCGAGAAACCAACCAGAAGAACAACAACAACCAGAAGAACAACAACAACAAGAAGAACUACCAAGAGAACACCAAAGACGACAAGGCGAACCACCACCACCACCACCAGGAGAACCACAACUAAGAAACCAACCAGAAGAACAACAACAACCAGAAGAACAACAACAACAAGAAGAACUACCAAGAGAACACCAAAGACGACAAGGCGAUCCACCACCACCACCACCAGGAGAACCACAACUAAGAAACCAACCAGAAGAACAACAACAACCAGAAGAACAACAACAACAAGAAGAACUACCAAGAGAACACCAAAGACGACAAGGCGAACCACCACCACCACCACCACCAGGAGAACCACAACUAAGAAACCAACCAGAAGAACAACAACAACCAGAAGAACAACAACAACAAGAAGAACUACCAAGAGAACACCAAAGACGACAAGGCGAAUCACCACCACCACCACCAGGAGAACCACAACUAAGAAACCAACCAGAAGAACAACAACAUCCAGUAGAACAACAACAACAAGAAGAACUACCAAGAGAACACCAAAGACGACAAGGCGAACCACCACCACCACCACCAGGAGAACCACAACUAAGAAACCAACCAGAAGAACAACAACAACCAGAAGAACAACAACAACAAGAAGAACUACCAAGAGAACACCAAAGACGACAAGGCGAACCACCACCACCACCACCAGGAGAACCACAACUAAGAAACCAACCAGAAGAACAACAACAACCAGAAGAACAACAACAACAAGAAGAACUACCAAGAGAACACCAAAGACGACAAGGCGAACUACCACCACCACCACCACCAGGAGAACCACAACUAAGAAACCAACCAGAAGAACAACAACAACCAGAAGAACAACAACAACAAGAAGAACUACCAAGAGAACACCAAAGACGACAAGGCGAACCACCACCACCACCACCAGGAGAACCACAACUAAGAAACCAACCAGAAGAACAACAACAACCAGAAGAACAACAACAACAAGAAUGGCUACCUGGAAACCAACCAGAAGAACAACAACAACCAGAAGAACAACAACAACAAGAAGAACUACCAAGAGAACACCAAAGACGACAAGGCGAACCACCACCACCACCACCACCAGGAGAACCACAACUAAGAAACCAACCAGAAGAACAACAACAACCAGAAGAACAACAACAACAAGAAGAACUACCAAGAGAACACCAAAGACGACAAGGCGAACCACCACCACCACCACCACCAGGAGAACCACAACUAAGAAACCAACCAGAAGAACAACAACAACCAGAAGAACAACAACAACAAGAAGAACUACCAAGAGAACACCAAAGACGACAAGGCGAACCACCACCACCACCACCACCAGGAGAACCACAACUAAGAAACCAACCAGAAGAACAACAACAACCAGAAGAACAACAACAACAAGAAGAACUACCAAGAGAACACCAAAGACGACAAGGCGAACCACCACCACCACCACCACCAGGAGAACCACAACUAAGAAACCAACCAGAAGAACAACAACAACCAGAAGAACAACAACAACAAGAAGAACUACCAAGAGAACACCAAAGACGACAAGGCGAACCACCACCACCACCACCAGGAGAACCACAACUAAGAAACCAACCAGAAGAACAACAACAACCAGAAGAACAACAACAACAAGAAGAACUACCAAGAGAACACCAAAGACGACAAGGCGAACCACCACCACCACCACCAGGAGAACCACAACUAAGAAACCAACCAGAAGAACAACAACAACCAGAAGAACAACAACAACAAGAAGAACUACCAAGAGAACACCAAAGACGACAAGGCGAACCACCACCACCACCACCAGGAGAACCACAACUAAGAAACCAACCAGAAGAACAACAACAACAAGAAGAACAACAACAACAAGAAGAACUACCAAGAGAACACCAAAGACGACAAGGCGAACCACCACCACCACCACCAGGAGAACCACAACUAAGAAACCAACCAGAAGAACAACAACAACCAGAAGAACAACAACAACAAGAAGAACUACCAAGAGAACACCAAAGACGACAAGGCGAACCACCACCACCACCACCACCAGGAGAACCACAACUAAGAAACCAACCAGAAGAACAACAACAACCAGAAGAACAACAACAACAAGAAGAACUACCAAGAGAACACCAAAGACGACAAGGCGAACCACCACCACCACCACCAGGAGAACCACAACUAAGAAACCAACCAGAAGAACAACAACAACCAGAAGAACAACAACAACAAGAAGAACUACCAAGAGAACACCAAAGACGACAAGGCGAACCACCACCACCACCACCACCAGGAGAACCACAACUAAGAAACCAACCAGAAGAACAACAACAACCAGAAGAACAACAACAACAAGAAGAACUACCAAGAGAACACCAAAGACGACAAGGCGAACCACCACCACCACCACCAGGAGAACCACAACUAAGAAACCAACCAGAAGAACAACAACAACCAGAAGAACAACAACAACAAGAAGAACUACCAAGAGAACACCAAAGACGACAAGGCGAAACCACCACCACCACCACCAGGAGAACCACAACUAAGAAACCAACCAGAAGAACAACAACAACCAGAAGAACAACAACAACAAGAAGAACUACCAAGAGAACACCAAAGACGACAAGGCGAACCACCACCACCACCACCACCAGGAGAACCACAACUAAGAAACCAACCAGAAGAACAACAACAACCAGAAGAACAACAACAACAAGAAGAACUACCAAGAGAACACCAAAGACGACAAGGCGAACCACCACCACCACCACCAGGAGAACCACAACUAAGAAACCAACCAGAAGAACAACAACAACCAGAAGAACAACAACAACAAGAAGAACUACCAAGAGAACACCAAAGACGACAAGGCGAACCACCACCACCACCACCAGGAGAACCACAACUAAGAAACCAACCAGAAGAACAACAACAACCAGAAGACAACAACAACAAGAAGAACUACCAAGAGAACACCAAAGACGACAAGGCGAACCACCACCACCACCACCAGGAGAACCACAACUAAGAAACCAACCAGAAGAACAACAACAACCAGAAGAACAACAACAACAAGAAGAACUACCAAGAGAACACCAAAGACGACAAGGCGAACCACCACCACCACCACCAGGAGAACCACAACUAAGAAACCAACCAGAAGAACAACAACAACCAGAAGAACAACAACAACAAGAAGAACUACCAAGAGAACACCAAAGACGACAAGGCGAACCACCACCACCACCACCACCAGGAGAACCACAACUAAGAAACCAACCAGAAGAACAACAACAACCAGAAGAACAACAACAACAAGAAGAACUACCAAGAGAACACCAAAGACGACAAGGCGAACCACCACCACCACCACCAGGAGAACCACAACUAAGAAACCAACCAGAAGAACAACAACAACCAGAAGAACAACAACAACAAGAAGAACUACCAAGAGAACACCAAAGACGACAAGGCGAACCACCACCACCACCACCAGGAGAACCACAACUAAGAAACCAACCAGAAGAACAACAACAACCAGAAGAACAACAACAACAAGAAGAACUACCAAGAGAACACCAAAGACGACAAGGCGAACCACCACCACCACCACCAGGAGAACCACAACUAAGAAACCAACCAGAAGAACAACAACAACCAGAAGAACAACAACAACAAGAAGAACUACCAAGAGAACACCAAAGACGACAAGGCGAACCACCACCACCACCACCAGGAGAACCACAACUAAGAAACCAACCAGAAGAACAACAACAACCAGAAGAACAACAACAACAAGAAGAACUACCAAGAGAACACCAAAGACGACAAGGCGAACCACCACCACCACCACCACCAGGAGAACCACAACUAAGAAACCAACCAGAAGAACAACAACAACCAGAAGAACAACAACAACAAGAAGAACUACCAAGAGAACACCAAAGACGACAAGGCGAACCACCACCACCACCACCAGGAGAACCACAACUAAGAAACCAACCAGAAGAACAACAACAACCAGAAGAACAACAACAACAAGAAGAACUACCAAGAGAACACCAAAGACGACAAGGCGAACCACCACCACCACCACCAGGAGAACCACAACUAAGAAACCAACCAGAAGAACAACAACAACCAGAAGAACAACAACAACAAGAAGAACUACCAAGAGAACACCAAAGACGACAAGGCGAACCACCACCACCACCACCAGGAGAACCACAACUAAGAAACCAACCAGAAGAACAACAACAACCAGAAGAACAACAACAACAAGAAGAACUACCAAGAGAACACCAAAGACGACAAGGCGAACCACCACCACCACCACCAGGAGAACCACAACUAAGAAACCAACCAGAAGAACAACAACAACCAGAAGAACAACAACAACAAGAAGAACUACCAAGAGAACACCAAAGACGACAAGGCGAACCACCACCACCACCAGGAGAACCACAACUAAGAAACCAACCAGAAGAACAACAACAACCAGAAGAACAACAACAACAAGAAGAACUACCAAGAGAACACCAAAGACGACAAGGCGAACCACCACCACCACCACCAGGAGAACCACAACUAAGAAACCAACCAGAAGAACAACAACAACCAGAAGAACAACAACAACAAGAAGAACUACCAAGAGAACACCAAAGACGACAAGGCGAACCACCACCACCACCACACCAGGAGAACCACAACUAA